GAGAAAAGGAGUUUACACGCACAGGUGUGUGUGUUUUGGGCAAGCGGUGAUGAUAUACAAAGGGCGGAGAUAUUUUAAGACCGAACAAAGCACACUAACCCAUGCGAGUCCGAUCAUUUGUGCAUAUUUUUUUUUACCUAGUUUGUCCAUCAUUUGUGCAUAUUUUGUUACCUAGUUUAUUGGUGCAUAUUCAUAUUGAUGUUCACUUUUUUUUUUCUUUAUUUUCUUUAUAUGUGGCAUUUAAGGCAUCUGAAUUUGAUAUUUUUUCAGAUUGUUUGCCUGCAUAAUGAAUCCCAUUUCUUAUAUUAGCCUCGUCUCAUGGCCGCAGAACAAAACCCCUGGGAUCAUUUGUGCAUACUUUUUACCUAGUUUGUAUAUUCAUAUUGGUGUUCACUUUUUUUUUUUUUUUUUUCCCUUUAUAUGUGGCAUCUUAAGGCAUCUGAAUUUGAUAUUUUUUCAGAUUGUUUGCCUGCAUAAUGAAUCCCUUCAUAUUGAAUUCCCGGGAUCAGCUAUGGUUUGCAUCUUCUGGAUGUAUGGCGCAGCUGCCCUGGCCGGGGGAAAUGGUAUAUUACUUCCCUAAGGGGCACUCUCAGCAUAUGGGGGCUGAGAAUGCUGAUUAUCUAGGAGAAAUGGUUGGUUGCCUAGUUUCUGCAAUUACUUUACAGGCAACUCCAGACACUCUUGAGCCGUUUGCAGAAAUUACACUGGUUCCAUGCAUUGUGGAUCCUUCAAAUUGUCAGGGAAAUUCAAACAUUUGUGGGCUUGAGUCUGUUGUAAACCCAUUGUCCUUCAAAUUUUUAUCAGUUUCUGAUGUAAAUUCUUGCUUUGCUGUUUUAAAACACUGCGUCAACACAAUUUUUCCUCCACUGGAUUCUUGUGAAGAGCAGAUAAUACAUGCACAUGAUAUACAUGGUAAAACCUGGGACUUCAGGCAUAUAUUCAAGGCAUCACAAAGCCAGGAUCUUCUACGGGGAGAAUGGAGAACAUUCGUAAAGGAAAAAAAACCCAAGCAUGGAGAUUCUAUAGUUUUUAUGAGGGCUGAAGCUGAUAGUAUCUUAUUAGGUAUUGUAAAAAAGAUAAGCAGCAUGGCUACAUCCAGCAUGGCUACAUCCAGCAUGGCUACAUCAAUUAGCCAAGAAGUUUUAGAGAGUGGGGUUCCCAUAGAGGUUACAUAUUACCCACGAGCUGGUCCCCAAUUUUGCGUGGGUGUGUCAGAUGUUCUCAGGGCAUUGGAAUUUCCUUGGGCGGCAGGAAUGCGGUUCAAGAAAGCUUUUGAAAUGGAGAACAAUGCAGCAGGAAUAGAGUGGUUUCAUGGUAUAGUGACCUCAGUUACUGAUGAUAAUUGGAAUUGUCUGGAGGUACAAUGGUAUCACUCGGAUCGGAAUGAACACUUUGUAAGCCCUUGGACUGUGGAAUUCAUUCCCACCAGUCUUCCCCAUCAACCACCAUCCCUGUGGCCUCGUGGACCACGAGGCCCCGAUAGUCAAAAUUCUGCUCCAGUGGCGGGCGUUGGAUUCUUGCCCAAGCAUCAGAUUUUGCGGGGUGAGACAUCGAGGUUUCGAGAAGAACAUAAAAGGCAGGCAGACUGUCAACGCGAAUCCGAUGAAAGUGCCUUGCUGAUCAUUGAUGAUACACAGCAGGACAUGAUUUGUGCCCUUGCUGAACUUGAGAGUGGCAGGCAGCCCCUUUUUACACAGUAUAAUAAUAAAACCAAAGAAGUAACUAUGGGGAUCAUGCAAAUUUUGGCAAAAACUGCAGAGUGGUUGGUCAGGGAGGUGGGUUGCCAGGCAUAUGGAGUGGAACGGAAUUCAAAUCUUUUGUACGGGCCUUUCAUAAACAACGAGAUGACUAAUUUUGGCCAAAAAAAAGUUUUGGAAGUUGAUCCUUUCCCGAAGAAUCCUGCUCCCGCGACUCAAGCUUCAAAAAUGCCAGGUUCCGGUAAUACAACAUGGGACUCUAGAGCUUCUCCAGAAGACAUGGAGGGGAUGUGGAAUAAUCCCACUGUUAGUAAAGAGUGGCACACAUCUGGAGAGAAGAAGGGAAAAGUGCGAUUUUCUCUCGAUGGUCAGAUGAAGCCCUAUCUCUCACGGGCAGAAAUGAAGACGGUUUUAUGUGCUCUUGCUGAGAUUGUUAGCAUGCGUUUUGUUAAUGUUUCUGGAGCAUGUACUGGCUUAACGGGAAUUGACUACCCCACAGCUUGCUGGCUUUACAAGGACUUGGGCUACAAGGCUUACUCAGUAGAGAGAGUUGAGGAUCUAACCAAGCUGUUUGUUUCGAUGUCCUUUGGGAAAGAAGUGUACAGUUUGUUGUUCAGGCAGGAGACCGGUCCUCAAUGGCUUAAAUUUCAGGAAGCGUUAGCUAUGAAGUAGGGAGCAAGGGGGUUGCACAAUUUUGUGAGCUGGCUAAGUGGAACCUCAUGAUAUGGUUUUUUCCCUGGGAUACAUUCUUUGGAGUAGCAUUGGAUAUGACUGAAAUCUUGAAUACGAAAAAACAUAUUAAAUAUAGUGGAUGUUGUUGUUGUAUUUGUAAUGAUGAUUUUUUCUGAAGACAUUUUCCACACUGCAUUACUCUUUGUGAGUGGCUCGUAUGAAAUUGAGUAAAAAUUUACUUCUCUGUUUU